CUUCAUUGUCUGUCUACUUCAAUGGUGCCAUAAUUUCCAUGUUUUUAUAGUUGGUUAGGAAACAUCGAAACUACACUGCGCCUUCAAUCCUUUUACACAUAACUCUUCUUAUCUUACCAGAGUCAGAACUGCCAGCUCUGGUUUCAACUUUCCUCUUUCCAUUUCAUAUCCAAUUCCUCAACACAAAAAUCGCUCCUAUCAUGUUCUCCAUUUUCUAAUUGCCUAUCCCUAAAAACUAUUGACGGCCAUGCUUUCUUCCGUGUUGAAUACCAGCUCUCCGAAUAAAAUAUCCCAAUAACCUUAUGAUCGUUCAUUAACAUUGGUCCAGAUUCGCGAAAUACCCAACCUCAGAUCUUAGCGCUCGGUGAAUUUCGCUCUCCUAAGACCGCCACAAUAUAUAGACUUCCAUUACCGAUUUCCGUUACCUAUAGAAAUGCCACGACGUAUCUCGAUCCCUUUUACCAAUUCUACAAGCAUGCCGCACGCCGAGAGGUCCGGCGAGAGGAGACCCUCGCAAUCCAGAGGGAACCGCCUCAGCUCGUUCUUUUCCCCUUCUACGAAGACCAACCAGCCUACCGCUCAACAAGCCUUAAUGGCCAUGCAAAACAAUUCCACUCCUUCUGUCACCACUCCUAAUUUGUCACUACCAUCUAUUUCCCUCUCUACGGCCACUGGUGGUGAACCUCGCGACGAUGAGCCGCCCACUACCCUAUUUCAGCCACCCGACUCAACCGAGAUUUCACGCCAGAAGCGAUUUGAUGCUCAGUUCGGGCCACUAGUUCAUCCAAGCCACCGCUACGUUAGCAAACAUCAGGGAGAACCUUUGGAGGCCCCUGUAAUUGAUGAGCCGCCCUACUAUUAUGUCCUGACCACCUAUAUCAGCUACCUACUACUUCUUGCUCUCGGUCACAUAAGAGACUUCUUCGGAAAGAGAUUUAGUAAAAAAGCAACUUACAAGACAAUUCGCGCGAACGACGGCUACGCUCCUUUGAAUGACGAUUUCGACAACUUUUACACAAGGAGACUUAAAAUGCGCAUUGACGAUUGUUUCGCAAGAACAAGCACUGGCGUUCCGGGUCGCUACAUUAACCUCUUGAACCGUGUCUCAUAUGACUUCAAUGAGUCAUACAAGUAUAUUGGUGGAACAACGGAGACUUUGAACAUGAGCUCGUACAACUACCUCGGAUUUGCACAAUCCGAGGGUCCUUGCGCUAAUGCUGUCGAGGAAUGCGUCAAGAGAUACGGUCUCAGUUUCUGUAGUCCGCGCGCUGAUUCAGGCACUUCGGAUCUUGUCUGCGAAGUCGAGAAAGAGGUUGCAUCCUUCGUCGGAAAACCUGCUGCUAUGGUCUUUUCGAUGGGGUUCGUUACAAAUGCCAGCUCCUUCCCAGCUCUUGUCUCCAAAGGUUGCCUGAUCCUUUCUGACGAGCUGAAUCAUGCCUCAAUCCGACUUGGUGCCCGUCUUUCUGGUGCUGUCAUUCGUUCAUUUAGGCAUAACGAUAUGGUCGAUCUAGAGAAACGGUUGCGCGAAGCCAUCGCCCAGGGCCAGCCUCGAACCCACCGUCCUUGGAAAAAGAUCCUAGUCGCCAUUGAAGGAUUGUACUCAAUGGAAGGUACUAUGUGCGAUUUACCCGGUGUCCUAGCCCUCAAGGAUAGGUAUAAGUUCGCUCUAUACGUCGAUGAAGCCCACAGCAUUGGAGCUCUUGGAGUCAAGGGCCGCGGCGUUUGUGAUUACUUUGGUAUUGAUCCUAGCAGGGUAGAUAUCCUGAUGGGCACUUUGACAAAAUCCUUUGGUGCCAAUGGCGGUUAUGUUGCAGCUGAUAAGCAUAUUAUCGACAAACUUCGGAGUUCAAAUGCUGCUACCAUGUUGGGUGAAUCACCGACUCCUGCUGUCCUGAUGCAAAUUAUGGCAUCGUUAAAGAUCAUCUCCGGCGAGCUUGUCCCUGGUCAAGGUGAAGAACGGCUGCAGCGCAUUGCUUUCAACUCUCGGUAUCUUCGUCUCGGCCUGAAGCGUCUCGGUUUGAUCGUUUAUGGCCACGAUGAUUCACCUAUCAUCCCCGUCGCCUUGUACAACCCAGCUAAGAUAUCUGCCUUCAGCCAUGAAAUGCUCAAGCGUAACAUAUCGGUUGUCGUCGUCGGAUACCCCGCAACCCCUUUGAUCAGCUCCCGUGCCCGAUUCUGUGUCUCAGCCGCCCACAACAAAGAUGACAUGGACCGUCUCUUAGCUGCCUGUGAUGAAGUCGGAGAUAUUCUGCAACUCAAGUUCUCCACAGGUGUCGCAGGAGGUUUGAAGCCUCUACCGGAAGGUGUUGCACCGGAGGAUGAAAAGGUGUGGCGUAAGACUAGCGGGUUAGAGAGCGUUAUCGAGCCACCGCGAUGGUCGCUCGAAGAGGUCAUCGCUCGCGGCGCAGAAGAUGCCAAAGCCAGGUUACGGUAGACCAUCUAAUCUAGCGCUCCGCGAUCGGCGGAUGUGAAUAGCUCAUACCAAGGCGGUUUUAUCAAGGUACGGGAAUACAUCAUCUGUCAAACUAGGGCGCCUCGGAGUUGUGUUGGUAAUAGACGGCCUCGUGCCGGUAAUGGAAUUGGAGGAGUUUUGCCCGCACUCGCUUUACAGAUAAACCUUGGUUCACUUCUUCACACCGGCUGGUAUGUCAAAAGGACGAGCGAGGCGCAACGACUUCUAUAGUAAGAUACCCCGACGCUGUACUUAUUGUAUUGCCGGCCUUGUCAAUUGGCCUUGGGUCUUUGAUAUGACCCUCAGCCUGUCUCUCGUAGACAAGGCCUUAAUCAUGUUCAAGUAGGAAUACAAAUACGUUCGCUACCA